GAGACCAGGAUUGUUCCAACUUCAUAUAGACCAUAGUUAGUGACAGCAUUAAAGUUUGAGAUGUUGAAUGCUAAAAAACAAUUAGUCACAAUAUUGUUUAGAUAAAAAUUUGAGAUGUCGGAGGAAGCUGCUGAAAAAGGUUAACUUUAUCUAUGGGACUAAGCUUCAAUUCGGCAUCCGCCCAUUCUUCAGUCUUAAUGUCGUUGCCGCCGAGUACAACAGUGACUCACCAGUGCAUGCACACCAAGGAUGUCGUCACCACCAAUACCAUCAACGACUACAACGGUGAAGAGUUUGUCUUCUACUCUCCAUGGGAGUACGGUGCCAAAACAAACUCAAUAAUAGACUACCACACCAACCAAAAUGACUCAUUGUUGCCACCAGAGAGAAUGUAUAGCCUAUUAUGUCUGGCACUUAGGGAAUCGAUAGCUUUAAGGUGAAGUCAUCCACUCAAGUGGCUACCAUAGGGAAGGGAGGCCUUGCAAGGCAAGAAGGUGCUUGUUGUCCGUUGUGAUAACACCUUUUCAACAAUAAUGUUCAUACCUACAUUGUUCGUUCGUCGUUGGGUAAAAACAUUGCUAUAUCUAUUUAUUUUUAUUAUCAUAUAUAUAUUAUUAAUACUUUUGUUUGC